CGAACGGCCGGAGACCAGAGCUCGGGAAGAGGCGGGCAAGGAAGCUGACCAGAGAAAUUUGACCAAGAUCGCCACCGCGGUUUCUCCUGGUUUGAAUAUUUUGGGAGAUCCCUCUGUCAGAAGUAUUCCCUCUAUGAACCCCACAGAGAGAGAAGGUGGCUAUGCAAACUGCUUUCAAAUCAGAAUGAAGUGGUUCAAGAGUUCUCGUUUGCCCUUCCUCUUGUCUGCUUUCCUGGCCCAACAUUGUUUUUCUUGAAAGCCAAGAUCUGAACACGCCAUCAGAAGAAUCCAAGCCAAUCUGGGGGAACAAAAAGAGGACAGCGCCAAGCCCUUUACUCCUCUCUGAUGGAAACGCCUCACAAGUUGGUGGGAGAAAAUGGAUUCAGCUUCGCCCAGAAACUUAUUUUUUCUAGCACCUCCGACCCAGUGGAUAGUAGCCUUAGUUUUGAUAUCCCGACCCCUAAAGACUCUUGUAUGACCACAGUCAGCAACGGCACUUUAUACUCCAACGCCAACAGCCCUUCGGACUCCUGCGUGAAGCCCCUCUGCGAUGCCAGAUCCAAAAACAACGACCCAUACAGUGCAGGGAUUAAGUACGUCUCCUCGGAAGGAGAGGAUCUUGAAUGUGGGUGGGGGGCCUUCACUCCUGGUUGUUUACAGUUCUGCAAUACCCCAAAGGGGGUCUUGUUCUUCCUCUGUGCUGCCUCUUUCCUGCAAGGCAUGACGGUCAACGGCUUCAUCAACACCGUCAUCACGUCCAUAGAGCGGCGGUUCGACCUGCGCAGUUACGAGAGUGGGCUGAUCGCCAGCUCAUACGACAUCGCGGCCUGCGUGUGCUUGACGUUUGUCAGUUACUUUGGGGGAAACGGACAUAAGCCACGGUGGCUCGGAUGGGGCGUGUUCAUCAUGGGGAUUGGGUCUCUUGUGUUUGCGUUACCCCAUUUCACCACCAGCCACUAUGAGGUACAUUUCUCAGAGGAGACCGGCAUGUGCGCCUCCAACCAGAGUAUGCGGUGCUCGGAAACUGUUUCCAGCCUCUCCAAUUACCGGUUCAUCUUCAUGCUCGGACAGUUUCUUCAUGGGAUCGGAGCGACGCCUCUUUAUACCCUUGGAGUGACUUAUUUGGAUGAGAAUGUCAAGUCUAACUACUCCCCUGUGUAUAUUGCAAUUUUCUACACUGCUGCCAUUUUGGGCCCUGCCGCUGGCUAUCUGGUUGGAGGAAUCUUCCUAAACAUUUACACCGAAAUAGGCCGACGAAUCGAUCUCACGCCAGACCACACUCUAUGGGUCGGAGCGUGGUGGACUGGGUUUCUAGGCGCUGGCGCGGCUUCCCUUUUGACUGCCAUCCCUAUCUUGGGUUACCCGCAUCGCCUGCCAGGAUCUCAGCGCUACGUCGUCAUGAGGGUUUCCGAAGCCCAUCAGCUGAAAGACGGCAGCCACAAAACGGCCUCCGACCCCGAUUUUGGAAAGACAUUGAAAGACUUGCCACGGUCAGCACUGCUGCUGCUGAAGAACCCAACCUUCAUCUUCCUCUGCUUAGCCGGAGCAACCGAGGCCACGCUCAUUGCUGGGAUGUCCACCUUUGGUCCAAAGUUUCUGGAAUCCCAAUUCAGUCUAAGUGCCUCAGAAGCAGCAACCUUGUUUGGUUACCUGGUGGUCCCCGCUGGAGGAGGCGGCACCUUCCUCGGAGGGUUCAUUGUGAACAAAUUUAAGCUCCGUUGCUCAGGAAUCAUCAAGUUCUGUUUGUUUUGCACCCUGUCAAGUCUGCUGGCGAUCUUCAUCUUUUUCGUUGACUGCCCUAAUAUGCCCAUGGCUGGAGUAACGCAGAUGUAUGACAGAAGCAUCCUGCCAGAAGGCCACCUCAACUUGUCCGCCCCUUGCAAUAUGGAGUGCGAUUGUCUGAGAGAAACAUACAGCCCUAUCUGUGGCAGCAAUGGGAUCAUGUAUUACUCCCCCUGCCACGCGGGAUGCAAGAGAGUCCUGACAAAUCAGACUCAUGGGAAAAAGGUUUACCACGAGUGCAGCUGCAUCCUUGGGAGCACUCCCCUGGAACCUGGUUCCGCUGCAGCUGGAAAGUGUACUUCAUCUUGCGAGAAAAGGACCCUUCUCUUGCUUUUCGUGUUUGUCGUUAUUAUCUUCACAUUCCUCAGUAGCAUUCCGGCUCUGACUGCUACUUUGAGGUGUGUCUCAGACAGGCAACGAUCGUUCGCUCUGGGAAUCCAGUGGAUUGUAGUGAGGACACUAGGUGGCAUUCCAGGUCCAAUUGCCUUUGGCUCAAUGAUUGACAAGUCGUGUCUCCUAUGGCAGAACCAGUGUGGAGAGCAAGGGUCAUGCUAUGUCUAUCAGAACUUUGCCAUGAGCCGGUACACCUUGAUUGCUGGUCUUAUUUACAAGGUGAUUGGAUCGUUCUUCUUCCUCCUCGCUUGCUUGCUCUACAAACCACCUCCUCUAGAAUCCCUCCCAGGUAGCUCUGAUGUCUCUGAAAAUGGCAACUGUGACCUCAAAGAGAGCGAAUGUCCUCUUCAGUCUCCAGAGAACAUAUAGCACUGUGGUUACGACAAGAGACUUCCCACGCAAAUCUCAAAAAUAUUGUGCCAGAAAAUUGUCCUUUCCUGUUACUUAUUAUUUUAAGCUUUCUUUUUUUUCCCUCCCCCUUUGGGGAAGAAUUAUUUCAUGAAGUUCCUGUCUCGGUUAGUAUUUGACAAACACAAAAGCACACCGCAAAUCCUUCUUUCCACCUCUGAACCAGGGUGUCACUGGAUCUUUGAGGCUAUCCCUCAUGAGGUGGACGGAGGUGCACGGAGCUCGGAGAACUUGAUGCUGCCAUCUUGAAUGUCUUCCCCUCAUGGGUGCUGCCAUUUUGAAUCGGGGUGCUGUCAAGAGGCGUGUUUCCUGCUUGCUCCGAGCAAGAGAUGCUCAUUAUAUGAGUUGUCCCAGCUUGUGUUUUGACACCUUUGUUUUGAGUCCACAAUGUUUGUGAUACCGAGUUUUUACCAACACCCCAGUAUUGAUUUAGUUUAUUUAAAGAAGGGCUAAACAUAGCUUCAAACCAUUCCUGUAUCAAAGCACUUAAAACAGCUGCAUCUGGCAGGUCACUUGCGAUUACAAGCUCCAAAUUCUUUGCCAGUGCGUGUGAGAAUUGACUGGCCCCUGGUGGCUACUACCCUGUUUCCCCGAAUAUAAGACAUCCCCUGAAAAUAAGACGCAGUAGAAGUUUUGCUGAAGUGUGAAAUGUAAGGCAUCCCCCGAAAGUAAGACGUAGCAAAGUUUUUGUUUGGAAGCAUGCCCGACGAACAGAACACAGAAAAAUAAGACAUCCCCUGAAAAUAAGACACAGCACAUAUUUGGGAGCAAAAAUUAAUAUAAGACACUGUCUUAUUUUCGGGGAAGCACGGUAUAAAGCAAGUUCUAAGAUCCUGAAUCCUGUAUCUGAUGGCUCAGCACUUGAUUGCUGCAACAUGGGGGUGGCUCAGCAUGUAACUCAACCACAGAGUACACAUACCGACGUCUCACGUCUCCCAACAGAACGUCAAAUUCAAUAACUUCCAGUAGGAGCCAUUCGUACGUUCGAUUGUAACUCAUGGAGUGAGGCCAGGAAAUGAAGAAUCAUAGAGUGAUGCGUGUCUGAAUCAGCCAAAGAUCACAAUCCAGUUUCUAGCCAGAAUGCCUAUUGACCCCUUUGUCUGACCUCUUCCGCCUAUUUGUUUGUUAUGUGGGUCUAGUCCAGUCACAGUUCUCUGAGAACUCUCACAAUCCCACCUACCUCACAAGGUGUCUGUGGUGAAGAGAGGAAGGGAAAGGAAUUUGUA